AUGGCCACAGCAGGGCUGCGUCCCGACGAGCAGGGCUCUACUUCUACCACCGCCGACAGCACGGGCAAUGAGGCAGCAUGGAAGGCCGGAAAGGCGCGACGCCAACAGAUCAGCCAGAUCCUGCGGUCAAACUGGAUAGGAGCUCAACGAAGCCUACUAGGAUCUCUCAACGAGUUCCGACACUGGCCGCCGCAGGAGGUCCGCGACCUGUUCGACAAACACAUGCCGCCGAUCAAGGAAGGCAAUGACAAUGGCGACGAGGCACGAAAACUGUACCCACUGGGACCGUUGUAUAGGACCGUGGCCCAAGACUCAAAAAGCCGGUGGAAAGGCCUGGCGGCCAAAGUGGCCAUGGUGGGAGCCGUAGAUGCGCUCGCCAUACCAUUUUCGCCGUUACUGUUGCUGGCCUCCAAGGAGGAACGCAAGAAGACGCUGCAGUACAUGGCAGAUCUUAACGUGGGAGUAAUCUCGUCGUCGUUCUUCGUCAAGGCCGAUGUCAGACUGUUGGAAGAAGCCGCCCAGUCGGGAAAAGCACUAUGCGUCAAUAGAUGGGGCACCUUCCGGAUCAUGGACAGCGGGUACAUGGCGAUCUCGCACGUGUGGGCGGAGACGAUGGCGCUGGAGUAUCACGACGAGAAGACGGAGCAAGACGAGCGCGGGCUCAACAUGCACCAUUUCAUCCGGAUCAUGGACGUCGUCCGGCGAUGUGGCAGUGGCAGCGAAUGGGUCUGGUUCGACUUGCUGGCGAUCCCCAAGGGCCACGACGCGGCCACGAAAGUGCUCAAGACCAAACUGAUCAACAACCUGCGGCACGUUUACGCCAAUGCCACGGCAAUCGUGGUUCUUGACAGCCUUACCCUGCAGUUGAACUGUGCCGGCGAUCCGCUCAUCACCGCGGCCGUCCUGUCGUGCGGCAUGUGGCUUUCGCGCGUCUGGACAUAUCAGGAAGCCAAGUUGGCACAGAAACUCAAGAUUGUAACGGCAACCCACGUCGUCGAUUUCGAGGACAUGGUCACCGCCCUCAGUACUGCCCAAUCUCGCGACGAGGACCGCUGGCAUCAGAUCUACUUGACCUUUCAGCGUUUGGUGCCCCUACAUCAACAGGGCAUUUCGCUCGCCGAUAUCGCACUGAGCUGUGACCACCGCUCCUGCGAGAAUGAGGUCGACUACGCCAGAGGCUUUUUUGCCUUGCUCGGCCUCGAGUGGAAGCCGCACUAUACUUACGAGGAUGGCAUGUUGGAGAUCCUGCGUUCGCAGCCUCGGCAUGCCGCACGCAUCGCCGCCAUGCAUGGCCCCCGGGGCCUGCCUGCCCCUUACUCCUGGGCGCCCAAGUAUCUGGCGCGGCUCGAGGGCCGCAUCUACGGCGAUCUCGAUGCCCAGCUGGGCUCGUUAGUCGGCCACUGGUAUACCAUCGUCGUCAAGCGCGUCGUUACGAAAUUUGUCCCUGAAGGCUACGACCGCUGGGUGUGUGAUUUGGUUGUCGGUGAAGUGUAUGAUGAUGAUGACGGCAGCCACGGUUCUGCUUCUGAACAAGGCAACACUGACAGCAAACGAGAAGUCGAGGCUCAGAUCCAAAUCGAGUUCUACCCAUCCCACUGGACACCCGCCCUGGAAACGUGGCUGAACGAAACAAUCCCCAACGGCAAAGCCCGCUUGCUAUGUGGCGAGCCACUGGACUUUAACUACCGCGACACCGCCGAUCAGCAUGCCCGCAUCGUCUUGGUGGCGACAUCGACCGUUGGGCCUGUCGCGGAUCUGAACCUUAGUGAUUGGGGAACGGUGGCCGGCAGUGCCGUUGUUAAUUCUACGCAUUUGGGAGGUGUGAGGGAGACCAGGUUGAGAUGGCUGUUGGAAUAA